GCUGGAGUCGGCACCAUGAGCUCUGCACUACCUUACGACUCCCUGCCCGCUCGGCUCAGUCCCAGCAGACGAGCCUUGGACUGGGAACGCGAGCAGCUAGCAGUACGAAGACUGUCUUCUCCAAGGGGGCUUGACCUCCUCACUCCUCCUUCUCUUCCUCGACGACCCUCGGCGAUCCCAGGUUACCUGCUCCCACCCUACCAAGAACAGCAGGACCAGCUCCAGCAGCAGCAGCAGCGUCUGUCCUUGUCCGUGGGCUCAGAAGCCUCCCUGGCGCCCCCUGUUGUCCCACCUGUGGGUGCUGCCCCACCCUGCUGCCGCCCCGUGGGAGUCAUGCAUCUUCUGCGCCUGGGUCUCCUGGCCUUCAGCUGUGUCUUUUGGGCAGCUGGCUUGGCCAUCUUCACCCUGGGUGUAUGGGCACAAGCUUCAUUGGCAGACUACAUGCUGCUGUCUGCCAAUCGCUACCCCAACGCCCCACUCAUCCUCCUGUCUACCGGGGCAGCCGUCACCGCCUGGGGCUUCCUGGGAUGUCUGGGAGUGGCUGCCAACUUGCCUUGUUUGCUGAGGGCUUAUGGUUUCUUUCAGCUGGCUGCGCUCAUUGGUGGCUUGGCGGCUGGACUCUCUGGCCUCUUCUAUCGUGAAGACAUUGCUGAAGGAUUUCGCAGUGGGUUGCAGCGGGCGGUGACAGGCUACGCAGAGGACGAAGGCCGUGCUGAUGCUCUCGACAGCCUACAGAGGGCCCUGGAGUGUUGUGGAGCCGAGGGUUGGCGCGACUGGCUCACCUCUGAAUGGGCCAUCCGGGACGCAGCGUUCUCGCCCGUGGGGAAUGGUACGUUGGUGUCUCUGCCGGACAGCUGCUGCAUGAGGCGCAAGGGCUGCAGGAACCGACUGCUACUACCAGAGGACAGUGAAGGAGUGGCGGCUGCAGGAAUCCAUCCCCAUGGCUGCUUUCGGAAAGUCUUCAGUUUCGUCAAUGACAACGUCUUCCACAUUGCUGCCACUGUGCUGGGAUUGGCCUUCACCCAAAUAGGAGGCAUUGCCCUAGCUUGUCUACUGGCCAACAGAUUGGUGCCAAGACCCCCUCGGCCUGUAGUGGCACAUUAA